AUGCGCUCUGUUCUGCGAUUGGCUGACACUUUGCGCGUUCCCAAGCAGCUAAAACUCGAGGCUCCACUGUCCGGUGGUCUGAUCGCAGGCGCUGGUCUUGGCUCGAGGGGCAGGGCGUUCAGCUGCUACUUGCCCGACACCCAGCAGUUGGGGAGGCCCGUCUGUCUCCCUGAUAACGCGGCAGUGCCCGGAAGAGUGCCCUGGGCCCUGGAUGAUAGCUGUACCCGACCCUGCGGGGUAGGGCUCCACGAACGUCGUGGAUAUCUUCACAAAAAUUUUCUUCUGGAGCCAUUGGUGCCAAAAACAUGCCCAAGGCCAAUUCAGAGGUCCAUGGGGCCAGCUAGCCUGAGCUUGCUCACCUUUAAAGUCUAUGCAGCUCCAAAAAAGGACUUACCUCCCAAAAAUCCCAUGAAGGCUGAUGAGCUUUCAUUCUACUUAGUUCCCAAGGGUCAAUAUAAAUAUGUGGAGGAGUUAAGAACCCAGCUGGAAGAAAGCAUCUCUCAGCUCCGACAUUAUCGUGAGCCACAUACAAGUUGGUGUCAGACAGCUAUGAAUAUCUCCAAAAUGUAUCCUCUGGGUUUUUUUCCAAGACUUGGUGCUAUAAUUUUGCUGGCCUUGUUGGACUCCUUUUGGCUACAGACAGGUUCAAACAUAAAGAAGCUGGUGUAUCCACCUGGUUUCACAGCAUUAGCUGCCUCUAUCUAUCAUCCACAACAAGCCAUUGUGUUUGCCCAGGUCAGCGGGGAGAGAUUAUAUGAUUGGGGUUUACAAAGAUACAUAGUCAUAGAAGAUACAUGGAAGGAGCACUUUCAAAAGCUAGGAAAUGAGAAUUCACCUAUAAAUAAGAAGAAAAUGCCAUGCUUUGCCCAUUUUAAUCAGUUACAGGUAAGCAUUGGAAUCUCCUUACAAUAA